AGAUGAUCGGACGGUUUCAUUCAUCGUUCAGCUCGGGAACGAAUGUAGCUCUGUGGCUUAAAGUUUCGAACAACAGUCAUCGUUGAAACGUUGUGCGGUGUGGAUCGUUUUGCUCGUUGUGCAAUUUUUACUUUGCUUUAUUCCAACUCUAGAAAAAAAACCCUCUCGUUCCGUGCGUGCGUGCGUGCGUGGUGGUUCGUUUGUGUACACCCUUCACCCCCCGAGCCGGUUCGGGCCCGUUUUGGGUCAAGUGGUGCUGCGUGUGGUGUAGGACACAACAAAAGGCCUUUUUUUAGGAAAUAAAACCCUCACGGCGUGAGACUGAGUCCAACACACCAUCGGGCUCAAGGUCGCCAGGCUGUUAGUUUGUUGAAUUUGUUUUGGAAGUGGUAAUUGGAGGAUUGUUCGUGUGGUUGGUGCACAGAUCUUGCGUCCCUGAUUCACCAUUAAUGCCUUCGGUUGGAAAGUGAAAAUCCUUGGUGAAUAUCUAGCUUUACCCUUAAAACCCGGUUAUUGAAGUGAACACAAGUCUGAAACGAAAAACAAACCCAAAAAUGUCGAUCAAAUACAACGAAAAGAACUACCCGUACAUCGAUCUCGGACGGGGCUACAUCAUCUAUCUGCAAGAUGAUGACUACACCGAGCAGCGUUGGAUCGCGAAAGCGGAGCACGAGCUGAACGAAACACCCGAAAACCAGGCUCGCUCGUUGGAACAGCUCCGGGAGCUGUUGCGAGACGAGAAGAAGCUUACCGUGCCGCUGGACGACGAAAAGUUCCUGCUGAAGUUCCUGCGCCCAUUAGCGUACGAUGUGCAGAAGGCGUUCGACUGCAUCCGACAUACGUUCGCGAUGAAGCGCAGCUACGGCAAGGAUUACUACGAAGGUCGUAUCAAACCAUCGCACAUACGGCACAUCUACGACUCGGGCAUGGUGAGCUUUCUGCCACUGCGUGAUGACGACGGUACUGGCAUAUGCGUUACCCAGCUUGGACGUAAAUGGAACACUUCGAAGGUAUCGAUGUACGACGUCGUAGCCCUGUUCCGCAUCAACAUUGAAGCCUCGCUGAUGGAUCCGCUCGUGCAGAUGAACGGCAUUCGUAUCAUCUUCGACUUUGAGGGCCUUUCGAUGUCGCACGUUGCGCAGGCAUCGCCAAAGCACGCAAUGGUAAGCCUGCAGUGGAUCCAAAAGUGUUGCCCAUUGCAGCUGAAGAGCAUCCACAUCGUCAACAACUCGAUGCUGUUCAAUGUGCUGUUCACCAUCUUCAAGCCAUUCAUCUCGAAGGAGCUGCGAGAUAAGAUGCACUUCCACAACCGUGACUUCAGCUCGCUGACCAAAUGCAUCAGCGCGAAGUGUUUACCGCCCGCGUACGGCGGUACGCUCGAUGCGCCCGAGUGCGAAGGUCAGCUGCUCGGUGACUUUAUGCAGCUUUACGAUAAGCACUACGAAACGAUGGACGCGUAUGGGUAUGACGAGAGCAAGUGAGAAUGCUUCCACACCGUGCCACAGCUGUGCCGUGUUGCUGCCGCCAAUCUGUGAUCUAUAGCCGCAUCGCAAAAAAGCCCCCCUACUCCCAGCUCUACUUCAGUGCGUUCAGUUCUAUCGCAAACAGCUGACCGUCACAUAACAGAACAGUUCGAGCUGCGGUUCGCGAUUAGUGUGUAAGCGAUUAGGUAAGCGUAGUGGGACACCGUGACAUGCUUGAGGGUUAAUGGUAAGAUGCUUAAAGCAAGCGGACCAACACCACGACCGGGCGCAUUUCGGCGGAUUGGGAGUGUUGACAUUGAAACGUCUCGGCCAGCGUCUCGUCGGCUUCGUCUGCCUCAGCGACAUUAUUUCUCACGGGCAUAAAUUAAAGUUCAAGUACCGCACCGAAUGUGUGUUUGCGUGGUGAAGGGCAAGAUGAAAUGAAAUGACAAGUUUAUUUAUUGGUUUUAUUAGAUACGUGCGGCACCGUAAGUUUUUGUGACGAUCAAACACGUUUAAGGUUGUCGGAAUGGACAAACGAGUGAAAAUUAACGUCUGCGUGAAGUGAGUAUUGUAAGCUUAUGUAUUGUUUUCCGUUUUAGAAAAUCUUUCACUGAAGGGGUUAGUGAAAUAAAUUGAAAAUUAUCAAAGAA